AAUUAGGCAGCGGAAUUAGUACUUUAGGGAAGUAGGUCAAAGGGUAAUUUCCCAGCAGGAAGCAGACUCGCCCCCUAUGGGUCUGGUCUCUUCCUGCUUUGUAAAUGUAAAGUGGUAAUUAAGUGACACCAGCCUUAUGGAUAACAUGGGUUGUUUCAUGCUUCUGACUACCACAUAUGUGUUUUUUGGGUUGUUUUUUUUUUGAUUGCUGACACACAACCAAGUUAUGAAUAGCUUCUGUAACUUCUUCCUUGUUACAAAAUGUACAAACAUUUUCUGAUUGGGUAACUUUAAUUCUUUCCCCACAUUUUUUUGUGUUCAUCAAAGUGACAGAAGCAGCAUUUAUUAAAACCUCAUUAGUUGUCAUAGAUUGAUAAUCUUUAUAUCAAACUUUAUAUUUAUAAAUGUAGAGCACAAAAUCAUGUAACACAUUGUGAAGUAGCUGAAUGUUGCAGGAUGUGGUUUUUACAUUCUCAUUGUAGCAGCUAGCAGUAUCUGGCUUCAAAAUCAAUUACUCGGCGUUUGUAGAUUUUAACGUUCGCCGUAAAUAUAUGGUUUGGUGUACCAGCUCCUUACUGUUUGGAAUUAAAGUCACAUUCAUGCAGUUGUUAAACACACACAUUUAGCGACGCUCCAGUCAACCAGACAUUAGAAUCCGUUUCACUUUGAUCGUCUCUGAUCAACAGGUUAAACAUUUUGAAAUCAUUAUUAUUUUUCCUUUUUAUUAAAUGUAUAAAAAUUAAUAACUCUCCUCAUUUCCACUCUUUGGCCUCAUAAACCAGCAGAAUAAACUUAAAGUACUUUUUUUUUAGUUGGAAGUGAAUGUGUCAAAAUUAGAAUCCCUUGAAGACAAACUGAAAUCAGAAACGAUCUUUAAAUAUGUAAAAUUUGAUUGCUUGAAUAUUUGUCCAUACGCUCUCAAAGAAGGUGGUUUCAUUAUUAUUAUGCGAUGUAUAAUGUAGCAAGCUUAACUAUAUUGUAUUUUACUAGUUUUUUAUUCAAGGAGUUUUAAUAUUGAACUCUAGAGAUGAAAAAUGCCAUUAGAAAUUGUAACACCAACACAUGACUUUGUGACACAUUAACCCACAAUUAUAGAGCAUCUUGGAAAAAGGCACGUUAUUUACUUGCAUCAAGAAACAUCUGUUAGUUAUGACAAAGAGAAAAUUAUUACACAGCUUAUUGGAGUACAGUCCAAGAGCUUCUGUGCUUCAAGCUCCUCUGUUUAGCAGAAAUGGGUCAGGUGAUAAUAUUCAAUCUCAUACAACUGAUAAACACAAACAGUUAAACACUGAUUACUUAAUUAUUUAGUGUGUUGUUUUUGUUGGAACAUGACUGACAGUAGCUUACUCACACUGACACUGAAGGGGAAAGGGGAGGAUUGCUCACAGUGGCUGUUUGGAAAUGAGAUGUAGCCAGAAGCAUCUGAAAUAUUCUUUAAAGCUCAUUUGAUUGUUUCUCACAACUAGUUUACUGGAUAGAGCUUUAGCAAAAGUUACAUGAGCCUCCUUCCUUGUGCUUUGUGACAUAUUUUCCAUUUAAGACCUGUGAAACAAGUUUCACUGAAUGCCUUACAAUAUUUUGAGCACUGAAUUUGUUUCCGUUUUUUUUUUUAAUGAUUAUUAUUAUUUAAGUGACAGAGGCACAAGAGUCGUCAAGCAGGAUUGUGGCUAUUGAAACUGGUGGAAAAUGGUUUUACUGUUACAUUUUUAAUGUUAAAAAUAAAUAAAUGCAACUUUUAGUAGUUGAUCAGGCUUAUUUAACAAGAUUUUAGCUACAGUCGAUUGAAGGAACAUAUUUGAAUUUGGAUUCACUCAUAAGAUGAGGAUAAUUAAUCUCUUCUGUCUUUAAAGUCUUUGAGUAGUUCACUUGCUCGUUUACAGAGAUUGUUCUCAUCCUGCUUAGAGCAAGAGACUACUUGAGGGAGGAAAUGUGCCUGUAGGUGGGUUUCUCUAAACCUCUCAUAUGUCAAUGCCUUCUCUGCAUUCAUUGCAUGUCCUUGUGUAAGAAAGGGAGGGGAGACGGCACUUUGGGUUCUGUUUAUUGGCUGGUGUUUUUCACGCUUCCUUUAGCUUUGGGGGAGUGUCUGGGUUUGACGUCGGCCAGCUACGGAGUGUCACACCACCCUCAACACAAAGUGGCUGCCUUUGAACUAGCACAACACAGCUGUAGGGGUUUCUGGCAGGACGUGGCGUAGGAGAUAAUUGGUUUUGUAACUUUGUUACACAGAGGGCUUAAAAUCUAUCUUUUCAUCUUAUAGUUUAGCUUACAUUUGCUGGCGUUAACAGUUGGUAGGAGAGGUUUCUUUUCUAACCAUCUGGAAGAACAGGAAAUGCCUACUGUUGGUAGGUAUAUGAGUUUCCGUUCAUCAAAGCGAUUGAAAGUUAGCAGCAGCUAUCCAGUGGAGAGUGGCGGGCUGCCAGCCAAAGCCAAGAAAAGCCGGAACAGCCAGAGCAAUGGCGCCAUCAAGAAGACUGAGGCGAAGAAAGCCUUGAGUUUAGAAACUGCUCAGCUCGAGCUCCAGCAGCAGCAGCACAAAACCCUUCACAGACAAAUCGCCGUCAGAUCGGAGACAUUUGAUGGUGACAACAAAGGCUUCGAGAGAACAGAAGGCACCGGCACGCAAAGUAGUUUCACAAAGCACAACAAAACAUUCCACAAGUUGUUUCCAGACAUUCCUGAGGGAGAAGACUUGAUACAUGCAUACAUCUGUGCUCUGCAGAGAGAAGUGCCGUAUCAUGGUCGCCUCUACAUCACAGACACCCACGCCUGUUUCUAUUCCUCGGUUCUGCUGAAGGACACUAAGGUUGUCAUUCCGGUUUCCUCCAUCCACACGGUGAAGAAACAGAAAACAGCUCUGCUGGUACCCAACGCCUUGUCUCUUCGUACCUCAGAAGGAGAGAAGUACGUCUUUGUGUCACUGAGGAACAGGGAAUCGUGUUACCAGCUGCUUCGCUCCGUCUGCCCUCAGAUAGAGGAUGGCAGCACCAACAGUAGCCCGCUCUUUUCCUCAGGUGAAAACAGCUUUGAUAAAAUCAAACACGUGAACUCCAGCCAGUCCAGCUUGGAUGACAGCUUGGAUGGUUCUGAAACUCAGUCCUUACAAAACCAGCCUCUACAGAGAGCUCACCGAGUAGAAGCAGUGCCUCAUGGAAACGGUUCAGGUUUCAGCAGUCAGCAGACUGACAGCUCAUCCUCAGAGGAGCUCUCUGAGUCAGGUGGAUCGUGGAUGUGGAAUGUAACUGAAAAAGCCAAGUCUCUGCUGGUUCAGAGAGAGUUCAGCACCCUCAACACGCUUCUCUUUAUUUACUUGAUUUUGGUGGUACUGCUGCUGCUGUCUUCGGGUUACAUCGGUCUCCGUAUCGUGGCUCUAGAAGAACAGCUUACGUCCCUCGGUGCUCUGCCAGAGUUCACCUUACAGAGCGGGUAUAACAAAAACACAUAAUCCUCAGCGACGGGAGGAGAGACGGGCGGACUUGUGAUUGGAAGAUGACUUCAGCCUCUCUGCAGCUGAACCUGAAGGGCCAACUUUAACGUACUCAGACUCUGCUCCCAACAUGGCCGGCGCUGUUACGUAGAGGAAGAGCAGCAACCUCGUGCAAUUUCAGAGUCGCUAACUUGAACAGCUCUUCUUCCUCCAAGUGCAGUAAAUAAACGGGCGUGUUGCAGCCUCAUUACACAGAGCCAAGCCAAAUAAAUACUCGCGCUGCCUGGUUGCAGUGUGCCAGUUGUUUAGAAACCAAAGCCACAAUGGCUCAAACUCAGCAAAGUGCCACACUAGCCAAGUCAGAUGGCACUUUGCUUUCAGAAAUUUUUCAACAUGUGUGAAUCUGUCACUCAUUGCCCUGUUCUCUCUGAGCAUGCAAUCUGAAUAGGGCUAUACUGAUCAGCAUUAGCCUGCUGUAGUGCUUUUUGCUGCACUUCAACACUGGAGACGUAGUGCUAUGCAUAGCCAAAGAUGCACAAAGUGCACAUCUUUUGCAUGAGUGCAUAGAGAAAACUUUUCUAUCUCUUUCAUCAGCUGUAAAUUCAGUCCUGUUUGUUUCUACAUUCAGCAAGUUUUUGGGUACUUUAAAUUGUUCUUUCUCAUUGGCUGUGGGUUGAAAUGAUGAUUCUUUUUUUUUUCUUUUAGAAAAAUCUUUAACGCAGAUCAGCCCACAGAGGCAUAAUAAUUUCCUGAUGGUCCUAUCCUUUCUCUCAAUCUGCCGUGAUUGCAGUUUUACUUUCUUCGUUUUUGACAUGAUUUAAAUAUGUUUAAUGAUCAAUGCUCAGAACUUAUUUUCCUUCCAGUAAAAUAAGUACUGGAUGAAUGCAUCUUCAAUGCACAAAUACUCAGCACAAGUGGACACGAAGAAGUUGUCCAAAAGGCGUAGAUUUUGGUCUUGGAGAGCAGAUUCAAAUCUCUGGUUCGGACGUUUAAUUGUUGUAGCCUCUUCAUGCAAAACUAGCUUUUUGUUCUAAGCGACGUGCUUCUUGAAGACCAAUAGCCAGUAAUGUAUUUCUAAUGCAUGUGUCUGCAGUUAUUGACACUUGACUGAUUACUGUAUUUGCAUUCUUCCUCUGGUCACCAGAGGGACGCAUAAUAACCACAUAACACUGUAAGGUCCGAGUUUUCAAAUGCAAAAGAAACGUGGUCUGGAAAGGAAAUUUCAACAAAUUAAUAUGCAUGGGAAAAAUGUAACUUAUGUUUGUGUGAAGUUUUUAAGUGAAGAAUUGUGUUUGUGGGGGGGAAAAAACAGUCCAAUAACGGAAAAGUAAGAAGUGAGAGGAGCGGAUAAGUAAGCAAGCGCACUUUAAAAACGACAAACAUACAUUGUGCCUGUCGCAACCCUCAGACACCUUGGUUGGACUGAAAUGGCAAAGCUGGCGUUCUGCGAUGUUUGAUGGUGCUAAGAAUUAUUUUAAAUUGAUUUCACUCAGGGUUGGUGGGGCUCUUCCUGCCAUGUGGUUUUAGUCGCUACAGCUCGACAUUUCAUUAUGUAGUGCUCAUAAUGGGUUUCACAGUUUGCACGUCUUCAGCUCUUCAGUAACCCUUUAAUAAUAAAUUGAUCUCACUUGAUUUUUAACUGAGAAAUCUGGCGUUCAACUCAUAAUGUUUGUCUUUCCUUUCUCAAAUUUCUUGUUUUUUACUUAAAUCAUUAUCAGUACCACAUUUUAACAUCACCAUUCUUUUGGAGCCUCUUUCUUUGUAGGAGCGGUGAACUCUUCAACGUUUGCUGCAUCCUCAUGGAGAGUCCUCUAAAUGUUCAGCAGAUGUUCUUGUUUUGUUGUUGUCAUGCCAUAUCCAUUACUGUCAGUUAUUGUAUUCCCUCACCAGGGGGCAGUAUGCACAACCACUGUCCUCAAAUUAUCCAUUUCAAGACUCUGGGGCAGUUUUUGUGUGAUUUUUGCACUAUUCAGAGUGUUGUAAAUAAUUUUGUACCAAAUGUUAAUGUCCUUAAUUCUACUUUGGCUCUCUCUAUAUAUUUAUUUGCAUUAUGUGUAAUUUAAAGUAGUCUCUGUGAGAUUGCUUUGUACUGUUAAAAAUAAAUAUUUGGAAGUAA